UUGACAGCUAUGUCAUGUUUGACAGUCAACUCGAAUGCUUUGGUAUUAUAAACACACGAAAAGUAAAUAAUUUUCGCUUUGAUAUGUCUAAAACUAAAAGUGCGCGUAAAGAAAAAAAUAAAACCGAAAAAUAUCGCAGUGAAUCUGAGGAAGAUGACAAAAGGUAUCAUGAUAAGAAAAAAUUAAAAAAAAGUAGUAAAGACUCAUCCAGAAGUUCGUCAUCUGAAUCAAGUGCAUCUUCAAAUUCAUCAAAUAAAGAUUAUAAACGCAAAGAAGUCAACGAAAAAAAACGUUCGCAUAGAAAUCAAGACAGAUCACCUAGCAGAGAAGGGAAUCGUCAUCAUCAUUCCAAAUGGGAUGAUAGUCCCAAUAAUAAAAGACGACGCAGCAGAAGCCGUCAAAUAGAGCAGGAACACAGCCGAGAAAGACAUCAAAGCACUGAAUACAGAACAGUUGGCGAUGACCACCAGCGUAGAUUUAACAGCGAUAGAAGACGUGAAUAUGAUGAUAAAGGCAGAAAUAACCGUAAUGACUAUCGUAGCAGUGGCAGAGAAGAGCGUGGAAGGGAUAAUGAUAGAUAUCGUACGAAUAACAGACGAAAUCGCAGCCGAAGUCGUAGUCCACGACGUGAACACAAAACAGAACAAUAUUCACCGAAAAAUGGCAGAUAUCAGAAGCGUUAUAAUCGAGAUAAGGAUGAUAAAAACUAUGAAUGGGGCAAGAAAAAUAAUACUAAAAACACAGAUGCAUCGUCUACUAAACCAAUUGAGAAGGAAAAGCCCAAUUUUGGACUUAGUGGUGCUCUUACUGAAGACGCAAACAAAGUAAAUGGUACUGUUAUCAAAUACGCUGAACCUCCAGAGGCACGAAAACCAAAACGAAUGUGGAGGUUAUAUCCAUUUAAAGGUGAAACAGCACUUCCAACAUUGCAUAUACAUAGGCAAAGUUGUUUUCUUGUUGGUCGCGAUCGAAAGGUUGUCGAUUUGGCUGUGGAUCACCCAAGUUGUUCAAAACAGCACGCUGCUUUGCAAUACAGACUAGUACCGUUUGAACGAGAAGAUGGCACAAACGGAAAACGUGUACGACUUUAUUUAAUUGAUUUGGAAUCAGCAAAUGGUACAUUUCUAAAUAAUAAAAAAAUUGAUUCACGUAAGUACUAUGAACUAAUGGAGAAGGAUGUUAUUAAAUUCGGUUUUAGCACUCGUGAAUAUGUGCUACUGCAUGAAAAUAGUAAGGAGCAAGAAGAGGACGAUGACGUGCCCAUUAAACAAGAACCGGAUAAUUAAUAUAUUUAGUAAAAUAUAUCUUAAUGUUAUUAUAAAUAUUUGACA